AUGACACGGUAUGUAAAACAAUUAGCAUGUAGAUUUCAUCCGGAAGCAGUAUUGAUCGAAGAUUACCGUGCUGGUGAUAUGAUUUGUUCAGCAUGUGGAUUAGUUGUUGGAGAUCGAAUGAUAGAUGUUGGGUCGGAAUGGAGAACAUUUUCUAAUGAUAGUGAUACAAAAGAUAUGAGUCGUGUUGGUGGUGCAGCAAAUCCAUUAUUUAAUAAUGAUAAUCUUGAAACUAUGAUGUCACUAGGAACAGGUGCAGGAGCAGUGGAUGAAUUUGGUAAACAAAAAUAUACUGCAGGUGGAUCUCAUAAAAUGUCAUCAGCAGAUAAUACAUUAAGAAAUACAUUUGAUGUUAUUCGACAAAUGGCAGGACGUAUUUCUUUAUCAAAUCGGAUUAUUCAUCGAGCAUGUUCUAUUUUUAAACAUUCUCAUGAAAAUAAAUGUGUUCGAGGUCGUUCACAAGAUGUUAUUGUUGCAGCAUGUAUUUAUAUUGCAUGUCGACAAGAAAAUGCACAACGUACAAUCAAAGAAAUUUGUGCUAUUUCAACAAAUGCAUCAAAGAAAGAUAUUGGUCGAUGUUUUACACAGAUUAUCAAAAAUUUACCAGUUUCAAAUCAACCGACAUCAGUUGAUGUUAUUAAUUUAAUACCUCGUUUUUGUAGUCAACUUGAAUUUCGAGAAGAGAUUCUCAUUAAAAAAACAGCUGUUCAUAUUGCUGAACGUGCAAAAGAAAUUUGUGAUAUACAAAGUCGUGCACCAGAUUCAAUUGCAGGUGCUUCAAUCUAUAUGGCUUGUGCUGCUAUUGGGGAACAAAAACGAAUGGAAAAUAUACAAACUAUAGUUGGUGUGACAGAAAAUACAAUUCGACAAAUAUAUAAAAUAAUGUUACCAAAAGCUUCACAAUUAUUUCCAACAGAUUUUCAAUUUAAAUGUCUACCAGCAAAUUUACCAUCAUCAUAA